ACCCGCAGUAAAAUUACUAAAGGGUUAUAUAUAGGAGAGAGCCAGAGCGAGCUCAGAGCAAGUAAACAACCAUAUAUCAUCAUUUAUCAAUGGCUAAGAGUAAGGUAUUGGUGGUUGGGGGCACGGGGUACAUCGGACGGAGGAUCGUUAAGGCGAGCCUGGAGCAGGGCUACCCGACCUAUGUCCUCCAACGCCCUGAGAUCGGCCUCGACGUCGACAAAGUCCAGAUCCUGCUGUCGUUCAAGAAGCAAGGGGCACGUCUUGUCGAAGGAUCGUUCUCUGAUAUCCAGAGCCUCAUAGAGGUGGUCAAGCAGGUCGAUGUGGUCAUCUGCACCAUGUCGGGGGUCCAUUUCCGCAGCCACAAUAUUCUGCUCCAGCUCAAAUUGGUCGAGGCCAUCAAAGCAGCGGGAAACGUCAAGCGGUUCCUGCCCUCAGAGUUUGGGAUGGACCCAGCUAGAAUGGAGCAUGCGCUCGAGCCGGGACGGGUCACGUUCGAUGAGAAGAUGAUUGUGAGGAGGGCAAUUGAAGAGGCUAACAUCCCGCAUACAUACGUCUCGGCCAACUGCUUCGCAGGCUACUUUGUCGGGAACCUCUGUCAAAUGGACAGGCUCACUCCUCCAAAGGACAAGGUUAAUAUCUACGGCGACGGCAAUGUCAAAGCGGCUUUUAUGGAUGAAGACGACGUGGGGACGUACACGAUCAAAACGAUAGAUGAUCCCCGGACACUGAACAAGACAGUGUUCCUGAGGCCCCCAGAGAACAUCCUCUCCCAGAGACAGCUCGUGGAGAAUUGGGAGAAGCUUUCCGGGAAGAAACUACAGAAGGUUACCAUCCCUCAAGAAGACUUCCUUGCCUCCAUGAAAGGGCUGGACUAUCCAAGUCAAGUGGGAGUGGGGCAUUUCUUCCACAUAUUCUACGAGGGCUGCCUAACAAACUUUGAGAUCGGGGAAGGCGCAGAAGAAGCUUCCCGGCUCUACCCGGAAGUUCGCUACACCCGCAUGGAGGAAUUCCUCAAGUUAUACGCAUAAAUACGUCAAAAACAUACACCUACAAAAUAAACAUGUCAUAUGUACCAGCCAGGUGAUCACUUUCGUAUAAUAGAAGUGUGUAGUGUUGUACUCUCGUACUAUGACCUCCUCACCAGGACAUGCAAAACAGAAGUUCUUUUGACAUUUGUUGCCUUUAAUAUAAAUGCUCGGUUUGGUUUGAUUAGCGCAAA